ACAGGAGUAUGGCGCUGUACGCGGCGGCGGCCAACGUGCUGGCGGGCGUGGAGAACCGCCAGGGCUCCAUCAAGGGAUUGGUGUAUGCCAGCCGCUUCCAGAACGUGAAGCAGCUGUACGCGCUGGUGUGCGAGACGCAGCGCUACUCCGCCGUGCUGGACGCCGUGAUCGCCAGUGCCGGCCUCUUCCGUGCGGAGAAGAAGCUAAAACCGCACCUGGCCAAGGUGCUAGUGUAUGAGUUGCUGCUGGGAAAAGGUUUUCGAGGAGGUGGGGGCCGAUGGAAACCUCUGCUUGGUCGGCACCAGGCGAGGCUCAAGGCUGAGUUGGCCCGGCUCAAGGUUCAUCGGGGCGUGAGCCGGAAUGAGGACCUGUUGGAAGUGGGAUCCAGGCCUGGCCCAGCCUCCCAGGUGCCUCGAUUUGUGCGCGUGAACACUCUCAAGACCUGCACUGAUGAUGCAAUCGAUUAUUUCAAGAGACAAGGUUUCUCCUACCAGGGUCAGGCUUCCAGCCUCGAGGACUUAAGGACCCUCAGGGGGAAGCGUUUUCUUCUGGAUCCCUUGUUGUCAGAGCUGCUUGUGUUUCCUGCCCAAACAGAUCUGCAUGAACAUCCACUGUACCAAGCUGGUCACCUUAUCCUACAAGACAAGGCCAGCUGUCUCCCAGCCAUGCUGCUGGCUCCUCCACCAGGUUCCCAUGUCAUUGAUGCGUGUGCUGCCCCAGGCAAUAAGACCAGUCACUUGGCUGCUCUUCUGAAGAACCAAGGGAAGAUAUUUGCCUUUGACCUGGAUGCCAAGCGGCUGGCAUCCAUGGCUACUCUACUGGUCCGGGCUGGAGUCUCCUGCUGUGAGUUAGCCAAGGAGGACUUCCUGGCAGUCUCACCCUCAGACCAGCGUUAUCGUCAGGUCCAGUACAUCUUGCUGGAUCCUUCUUGUAGUGGCUCUGGUAUGUUGACCAGACAGCUGGAGGAGCCUGGGGCAGAUACACCUAGCAAGGAACGCUUACAUGCCCUGGCUGGGUUCCAGCAGCGAGCUCUCUGCCACGCGCUCACUUUCCCCUCCUUGCAGCGCCUUGUCUACUCCACAUGUUCCUUCUGCCAAGAGGAGAAUGAAGAUGUGGUACGAGACGCCCUGCAGCAGCAGAGCCCAGGCACCUUCAGGAUAGCUCCUGUCCUACCCUCCUGGCCCCACCGAGGCCUUAGCACUUUUCCAGGUGCUGAGCAUUGCCUCCGAGCCUCCCCUGAGACCACGCUCACUGGUGGCUUCUUCAUUGCUGUAAUUGAACGGGUAGAGGUGCCGAGCCCAGCUUCACAGGCUGAAGCAUUGGCACAAGAACUUAUACCCAGCCCAGCCCCGAAGAGAAAGAGGCGGCAGCGAAAAGCAGUGGCUGGUCGUAGCACGCUGCCUUGCACAUAGCAGGUGCUCAAGGCUUUGACUUCUUGCUGGUAGGAAAUGAAGACACCAGCCCUCUCCUCAGCUGAGAGCCCUUGGACCCUCACACUCCAGCAGUUUGGUUUUUAAAGGUUAUUUUUAUUGCUGUAGGACGUUAACUGGUAACCCUGUUUCUCCAGCUAGACAGUGUACAUUUCUUAGUCCUUUGAGUCCCUUCCCAGGGCUGUGUUCCUGCUGGUGAGAGAAGCACUGCCCGCAAAAAUAAAAGGCAGAACAUGGUCUAUGAUCGAUCACAGUUUUUUAUUCUUAAUGACACAAGCAAGGAGAAAAAUCUCACAUUCAUACUAAAAAUUCCAAUUAGACUCAAUAGGAAUUAAGUCUUUAUUUGUAAUGGAAAGUCCCAGCCUCUCAUUGCUGUCCAGUGCACGUACAUGUACACACACACACUCAACACACUCACAUGCAGGCUGUGCCAGGACACCCUCUUUAGGGGGUUCCUGGACCUACUGUCCUGCCUGGGGAACUGAGGUAAACUAGCUCAGUACUAAAACUAGGAGGAUCUACCUUACGUAAGGUAUAGGUAGAAGCUUGAUUCUAUACCCGUGCCCACCCCCACCCUCCAAUCCUAUCAGGUAGUUGAGACUUGAGGUUCAGGCUCCUUCCCUCAGCUCCACACACAGUUAGGUAUUAACAGGUCAGACUUCAGAGCUCUACUUGGGGGUGGGGGAGGAGCAGUCCCCUGCCACAAAACGUUCAACCUCAGUCACAAAGGGGAGGAGGGACUAGUUACAUCUACGUCACAUUAUUUAUAAAAUAAAAAUUACAUUUUGAAUAACGUGUCUGGAAAGAGCUCUAGUCCCUCAGGAAAGCUGCCUGGGACAGCACUCGAGCCCCUUCUUCACACAGGCUUAACUUUUAACUUAACUGUACAGCUAGUUCCUAGUCAACAGCGUUUAUGCUUAACCACCUCAAUGAACCAAGCUUGAAGGAAUUUAAAAGGCAAUUUAGCUUAAAUACAAAAAUAAAUUUUUAUUUUGUUAAAAAA